AUGUUGCUUCAGGCUCCACCAUUCAAUGAUGCCAACCCAGCUUAUCCUAUGGAUUUCUGUGUCGAGUAUCAUGAUUUGGUUGUGUUUGCUGAUUUUACUCACAGACUUGCAACCAUCGCUGGCUUUAAGCAGAUGACGAUUCCACCUGCUGAAGCAACCAGUGAUUCAUCAUUUGAAGACGGUGAUAUUUCGUCGGAGGAAUUCGACGAUCACAAGUCUGAAAAUCAUAUCAUUAUCAAUCACGAGUUGAAGAUGCAGUUUCACCUCGACCCUGCCCGUCCCAAAAUCAAAUUCAUCGAAGGGUUGCCAAUGGAUUACACUUUCCACAACGGGGUUUUCGAAUAUCCGGCAAUUGGACAAAGAUUCUUGGCCGUCAAUCCUCAAAGAUGCAACAGAGCGAAGCGGGUGGUCAUUGUGGUGGCCAAUCUGACUCUUCAAGUGGCCAUGCCGAAUGGCGGCGGCGGUGGCCCUGUACGGCGUGCUCGUGGUCGUCCUCCUGCCCAGCUUCAACAGUACGUUGAUGUUUCGGAGCAAGGCAACGAUGGUGAGAUGUUGUUCUGUUUCGAUCUAUAUGGAUCUUCUUUCCGGCUCUUCAAUAAGACUAAA